AUGGCACGUUCUUCCCCGACUUCGCCGGUGAACGACUAUGGCUUAGACCGACGCGGAGGUUGGGGAGAGCGAAAGGCUCUUGCUUUGAUCCCUACAUCUUCUUCGAUACGGCCUGAUCCCAGUAUAGAAGUUAAUCAACCAGACCUUCCAUACUUUUAUACUCCAUAUGGUGGGAGUUGCCCUAAGUUCUAUCGGCAUCGGGCUGCCGAUGCAGAGAAUGGGUGGGCCGAGAAUACGGAAUCCCGAUCGUGA